CUUAUCAAGCUGUAUGUGGAAAUCAGAAAUUUUUGCAGCGAAUUGUUUUUAUACAUAUUGUGCAUAAAAGUGGAAUAAAAACAAUAAUUGAUUAACGCAAUCGUAGUAUACUCAAUUGUUUAAAAAUGGGACGGAAACGAAAAAUACCAAUUGCUGAUGAAGAAAAAGAAAAUACAGUUGCUAAAAGUCAGCGCGGUGGUGGCGGUGGCGUCACUGCCAGCAAAUCGAUGUUGUUGCAUGGCCCCAUGUAUACAAUAAUGUCCAAUGUGCAAUUAAACGAAACCUGUCACAAAAAAUACAUAAAGGAAUUAAAGCAACUGUACGCCAAGAUGGAUCACGACGCCUUCAUGUUUACAUUCAUAAAAAUGAUAAAAACAGCUAUGGUGGCGGAUGAGGGUAAUGAGUACGCGGUAACAACAUUAUUAUUUUGUUCUAAAUUUGUGAGUUCAUAUGAUGGCGAUGAUACUCAUCCAUUGUUGAUUGACAUUUGCAAGUGGCUACUUACAACUAUCUCGCGUAAUCCACAUAUACGUUAUCGCAUUUGUCAAUUUGUUAACAUGAUACUGAAAGCACUGGGGCAAGAGGCAGCGCUGGAUGAUGCCAUUUGCGACCGCAUAAUGGAAUACAUGCUGCAUCGGCUGCAUGAUACUUCGCCGAAUGUGCGCGUACAAGCAAUAUUGGCAAUGCAACGCUUACAAGUGCCAGACAAUCCAGAUGAUCCCGUGUUGCGCGCAUAUCAAUUUCAUCUGUGUUCAGAUCCAUCAUCCCGUGUGCGUCAGGCGGUAAUCACUUGUAUGGGCCGUAACUACCAUACAAUUCCGUACAUACUGGAUCGAUUAUGGGACGUUGACGAAAAAGUUCGUCGGCACACUUAUUUACAUAUGAGUAGUUAUCCGGUGCGUUCUUACAAAGUAUCACAGCGGCUGACCUUAUUGCAACAGGGUCUUAAUGAUCGUUCGGAAGCGGUGCGAAAGGUGGUAGUAACGAUAAUGCUGCAACAAUGGAUUGAGUCCUAUCAAAAAGAUCUUAUUGCUCUAAUAUCGGCAUUGAAGCUAGAUUCGAGUGAAUCGGAAAUAGAUCGAUUUCGCAAAGUGGCAAAGCAAACACUUAAGGAGAUAUUUAAACGACAGAACAGAGAAGAUUUACUGGCUUGUGUACCAUUAGAGAAGGAUGCUGAAAUGCACAGUUGUGUGCCAUAUGAAAAACUAUCAAUGGAAAUUGCAUUGUACUGGCAAUGUUUGACUGAGUUUUUGCAAGCGGAACUAGCAGAAGAAUUUGAUUUAAUUGUGCCAGAAUUGAGCACAUUCUGUACAUACGUAGAAAAGUUCUGUCAAUUGCAAAAACCGGAUAUGGAUAAAUUUGAGCUAAUGGAAUUCCAGUAUAAACUGCUUUCCCUAAUGGAAAUACUGUAUACAUUCGACUUGGGUGACGAGAUCGGGCGUGGCAAUUUACAAAAACUACUUGCAUAUCUUUUGAAAACCUUUCGCCUUGAUGAGAAGGUCAUCGAAGUGAUUGUGCGUUGCGCCGAAAAUUUGAUAACUGAUCAAAAUGCGCGUAUACAACUAUUUGUGGAAAUCAUACAAGAUAUUUGCGGCUUGAAUAGCAAACAAAAUGAUCUAUUGCAUGAUCGAACAUUAAUCAGCGAAUUAUUAGCGAGUUCUUCUAAUGCGGAUUUGAAUUUGAAGUUGUCAUCGCUUAAAGUCAAAAUUCUCGAUUUGGAGGAGCAAGAAAUGAAUUUUGUGCAACGUAAAGAUUAUAUGCGCGCACAACAACUAACCGAGGAGAAGCUUGUUACUACCGAAGAGUAUACGAAUUUGUUGCAACCACUUUUGGAUAAUCAUCCAAAUGCGGAAAUGCUUAAACGGCCGCUCCAAUUACGCAAAACUCUGAAACCGGAAAGCAUUUUAAAGAGUUUGCAAAUUACCUUCUACAUGGUUGUUUCACCUAAAGUGCGUUCCCUUAACCCCAGCAUAUUAAAACUGUACAAUGACUUCAUUUGUCGGCAUCUUGCCUCAAAUCAAAUUGCGAUUCGUGAUUGGGCUUUGAAAUGCGGUACUGCCUGCAGUAUGCUAUAUGAGGCGUUGGGAAAAGAUGUUUUCGAAGAAUUGUAUGCGCAGUUUUUUAAAAAUCACAAUAUUCGCAUAUGGGAAACCUCGAUAACGUGUAUUUUCGAACUGCUGGACAGAUAUGGUUUGGAUAAUUUCGCGAAACAAGAAGAGCAAAAUAAAUCGAAGAAAAGUGGUCGACAACUUUACAACACAUUAGAAUUUUUGGAUAGCGAAGAUGAUUCAAAUGUUCUAAGCGCAGGACAAGGCGUAGAUGUUAUCUAUAUGAUGUCGCAUUUUCUAGAUACCUGCGAUGAUACUUGCAUUAUUAGUGCAAUAAUUAUUGGCUUCUGCCGCCUCAUAUUGCGUGGCUACAUCAAGUCCAGCGAUAUCAUUGAAAAACUGCUUUUGCGAUAUUUCAAUCCAAGUACAGAUUCGAAUGUAAAUCAAAUUUUGGGUGUUUUUCUUGAAAAUUUGAUACAGCGCAAAAAACAUGGUUUGCUACAGCCUUGCCUGCUACCCAUGAUUUCAACAGUACUGGGUGCACCUUACGAGAAUCCUCUGCAUGAUAUACGGCCUGAAACCAUAACGCGUUUUAUCAUAGAUUCCACACGGCUGGAAAGUUCGUCAAUAACUGACGGUUGCAUACACAACAAGAUCGCGCUAACUUUCCUGCAAGAGAUGCUUAACAAUUUGACUAACAAAGAGUUGUGCAAACUCUUAGCGAAAGAGCUGAUCACGCUAGAGUUGAAUGUAAUGCAGAACGAACAGUUGAAGCGUGAAAUGAAGGAGUGCGCUGAUAAGUUGAUAAAGGCUGAUUUCGAUCCAAAGACUGUCAAGCACAUUAUAGAUUUCAAAGAUUUAGUUGAUGGCAAUUACAACCCAGCACGCAAGACUAUAGCGAAUGAUUCAGAGGGUGAAGAGGAUAGCAAUGAUGAAACAGAGAAUGACGCGAAAGAUGAUGACGACAAUGCCACAGUGACCACUGCACGCAGUAAAACAUCAGUCAGUGAAACUGUAGAUGAGCCCACGCAACAGCCACCGCCACAACCACCUCCCGACGCAAUCAACACUGCAGAAGAGACAAUUCCUUCAUCGCAGGGAGUUUCUGCGUCCGCUGCAAAAACCCAAACUGCCACAUCAGCUCCUGACGCAGAAAAGCCUGCUUCUGCAACAGCCGAUGGUGCCAUAAUAACCAAGGAUAUAUCACCUACGGCACGUGUGCCCACCACCUAUGGCCGUGAGAAUCGGGUGGGACAUCGUUAUCUGCGUAAAUCGCUUAAUUCCACACGUGGAUCCGACACCGAAAUUGGAGAAGGCCCACCACGCUCUCCGAAAAUUCGUAUUGAGGCGCGAAUUGAUUCAGACAAAAAAUCGGAGCAACCAGCACGUGAAGAACGUCAAGUACGCAAUACACGUGUAAGGAGAAAUUUACGUUAUGCCGAAAAAAACAAUUAUGCUGAAGAAGAGGUUGUUGAAAUGGCUAAAGGAGUGACACAAGAGCGUAAUAAACGACGUGCAAAUCUGCCAACAAUAGUUGUGGAUGCAGCUCCUGAAGUGAAUACGUCACCCAAACAAAAUUUAAAUCCAAACAGCAGUGCUAGUGCUCCUACUCAAGAGACUUUGACCCAAAACGUCUCUAGUUCUGCUAAGCGGCAAUCGAAGGAACCAACUAAAGAGCAAUCAAGUGAUAAAUCUUUGGAAAAAGCGAUUGAACCUAAUCGAGGGGAACCCAGAGAGCAAGCGAAAUUGUGUGCAAAGGAGCAAGAGCAAGUAAAAGUAACGCCCGCGAAGGCAACCAGGCUGCCGGUGCGGUCGUCGGCUAGGAAAACCGCAAGACCUAUUGAUGCAGAUGAGCUCAAUACAUCCGAUGUUAUACCGGCUUCACCACCGGCGGUAAUGUCACCACGUACAGUAGUUCGACGUCAGCGUCGUGCCGGUGGUGGUGAUAUAUCAGUUUCGACCUUAGCUGUACCUACGUUCCGGGCAACACGCAGUCAUUCAGCUCAGUCAACACCCACCCAAGAUUCCGAUGCCUUAACUAGCAGCGAAGAAGAAGUCAGAACUGAGGCUUCAACCAAAGCAACCACCAAAGCUUCGAAACCACACACAAGUUUAAAACGAGGCUAUCACUCUACACCUGAACCCGUUGGAAUAGCUUCAGCUGGAGAGAUGGCUGCUUCGCCGCGUUUAGAAUCGCCGCUUGUCAAGCGCCUCCGUGCUGGAACACCACGGAAAACUCGGAAUAGGACUUCCAUGCCAGAGGUGUCAUCGGAAACAGCUGAAAUUGGCGAGGAAGUGGUAGAACAACAACACACACGAGGCCGUCCGCGUACACGUUCGGGGAGAUCAGCUGGCCUUGAGAAAAAUAGCGAAACGGUAAGGCGAUCUACACGAGCGAAAUUAAGUGAGCCGGAUGAAAUGAAAUCGGUUACACGCACAUCUUCCUCUAACCGCGCUGUAUCGGAAACACGUGCCCGCUCUGCUUCACGUACUCGUUCCGUUACACGAACCGACUCUGCUUCACGUAGUCGUUCUUCUACACGUGCCCGCUCCGCUACACGUCCCGCUACGCUUGCGCAAGAACAUGAUAAUAUCGACUCUGUUCGAUCUGCUACGCAUGCCCCCUCCACUUCACGCGCUCGUUCUGCUACACGGCGCGCCUUGUUUGCGCGAGCACAUGAUGAUGAUGCACAAAGUGUUGGUACCGCCCAACGAACGAGAUCUGCUACACGUACCAGUGCUGUUUUUGGCAGACGCACUAGAUCUAACACAAGAAGUGCACCCGCUACACGCGCAGUAGGUGUCUCUGGCACCAGAUCCGCCUCACGCGCUGAUUUGGACACCCAAAACAAAUCUGCUCUGGGUGCUAACAUUCAGACUGCAAUUAAUACUGACAAGUCCACCUUAGAAGUUACUCAGCCUCGGCGUUCACUGCGCGAAAAGUCCGCUACAAACGCAGCAGAGUCGGCGAAAGAUGUAGCGAAGCCAAGCACGUCCAAAAUUCAACGGCAGUCGAGUAGAAUACCAGUACUCGCUUCAAACAGAAAAUUGGCCACAGUGAUGAAAACACGACACGCCCAGCAAGUUUCUUUGUCGUCGUUGGCGUUGGUGCCGAAGGCGAUAGUGUCCGACUCGAGCAGCGGCGGCAAUAGUAGUUCGAGCACUGAACAGGCGCUUAAGACUUUGGGUGAGGCUGCAUUGCGCCGACGUGAACUUAAAACCAAAAUGACACGCAUCAAUUUGGUGAAACGCGACAAAGGCCAUCCGGUGCCGAUGGAUUUGGCGAGGCCGUCGCGUCUACGAGCGCCAGUUCAAAAUAUGGCAUCUACUUCGAAUUUGAGGUUGAGGAAACGUUAAGUGAAGAACGCUUAUGGCGUGCGCGGAAUUUUUACGAAACGAUAUAUUUAUUAACUUAUACAUAGCCGCAUUUACAUACAUACACACAAAUAUUUUUAUAUUGUGAUUAUGAUUGGAAAUUGUGCAAACUUAUAACGAUAUUUUGCUCGACAGUUUUUAGUAUAAUUACUAUAUGUAUUUUAACAUUCUGCACACACACUUACAUCCAUACACACAUACAUAUACAUAUAUAUCGUUCUAUUUUUAUAAACUUUCAAUGGCACGCGAUUGAGGAAUAUAUAAAUUCGUUAUAAAUUUACAACCAAUUUUAUCCAAAAUAUAAAUUUUACGAAACAAUAUAUUUUGAAAAAUUAU